AUGAAAAGGAAAUUUGACAAUAACGACUUGAAGACGAUUGGUCGUUAUAUGAUGAUUGAAAAAAAUAUGUACGCCCAAUUCGUUGAUGACCUUGACGGUGGAGUGAAUCGAACUGAUGAAAACCUGAUCAGUAACACUGAUAAUAAGGAGAACGAGGAUGGCAGUAGCAACAAUAAUAUCGACAGGGAGGGGAAGAUGUAG